UGGGUGGACAGCAGAAUCCUAGCGAUAGGAACAAAAACUCAGAAGCAAGACACAGCGUCCUGCCCAUGAGGGUAAAGUACACCGGGGAAGUUGGUCUGAACAACAGAAAGCAAACAACGGAGAACAGUAGGAAGAAAGAGAAGAAGAGUGACAGUUGCUGGACAGAGAAAGGAAAAGAUUCAGCAGAACAGAGGGGGCGGAGGAGGGCUGCGGGAGAUAAGAGUGUGACAAACAGGAGACACUGAGAGGAAGCACAGGGUAUAAAAAUGCCCACCAACUUCACCGUGGUGCCGGUGAAGGACGGCACCAGAAAGGCAGAAGAGGGGAACGACCAAAAUGAUGUGCUGAAAGAGGAGGAGGAGGAGGACGUCGCCACAGGUGAUGGAGUCCCAAAGGAAAACAGUCCUUUUAUCAACAACACAGACGACAAAGGCAACAGCUACGAUGGCACCAACAUGGCACUUUUUGAGGAGGAAAUGGACAGCAACCCCAUGGUGUCAUCCUUCCUCAGUAAACUCGCAAACUACACCAAUCUCUCACAGGGUGCACAAGAGCACGAGGAGGCUGAUGACGAUGAGGGGCCAAAGAAGAAGGCUGUUAAGAGCCCUCAGAUGGGGACGUUCAUGGGUGUCUACCUCCCAUGCCUCCAGAAUAUUCUGGGGGUCAUCCUGUUUCUGCGCCUUACCUGGAUUGUUGGCACUGCCGGCAUCUUGGAGUCCUUGGCUAUUGUCGGCUUAUGCUGCUCAUGUACCAUGCUGACAGCCAUAUCCAUGAGCGCAAUUGCUACUAAUGGUGUUGUUCCAGCUGGAGGCUCGUACUACAUGAUUUCCAGGUCUUUGGGUCCAGAGUUUGGUGGAGCUGUGGGUCUCUGUUUUUACCUGGGGACCACAUUUGCUGGCUCCAUGUACAUCCUGGGUACCAUUGAGAUUCUACUGACCUACAUGGUGCCUAAAGCAGCCAUCUUUGUGGCAGAUAAAAAGGAGGAUGAAUUGGAUGCCCUGCUGAACAACAUGCGUGUUUAUGGCACUUGUUGCCUAGCAAUAAUGUCAGUAGUCGUGUUCGUUGGGGUCAAAUAUGUCAACAAGCUGGCACUGGUCUUCCUGGCUUGUGUUAUUCUCUCCAUCCUGGCCAUCUAUGCGGGAGUCAUCAAGACCAUCUUUGAUCCGCCAUACUUUCCUGUCUGCAUGUUGGGGAAUCGUACCCUAAAGAACCACCAGUUUGACAAGUGUAAUAAGAUUGAGGUUAUAGACAACAUAACGGUCACUACCCAGCUGUGGAACCUCUUCUGCGAUGGAUCUCAGCUCAAUGCCACAUGCAACGAGUAUUUUGUCAACAACAAUGUGACCGAGUUGCAGGGCAUCCCUGGACUGAUCAGCGGAGUCAUUUCAGAAAAUAUGUGGUCGACAUACGGCCCUCUGGGUAUGUUGGUGGAAAAGAGCAACUUGCCAUCGGUUGAGGGUGGCGACCCAACCCAGGACAUCUACAUGCCCUAUGUAGUCAACGACAUCACCACCUUCUUCACACUGCUGGUCGGCAUCUACUUUCCCUCUGUCACCGGUAUCAUGGCUGGUUCAAACCGCUCAGGUGACUUGAGAGAUGCCCAGAAGUCCAUUCCCAUUGGGACCAUCCUCGCUAUCACUACCACUUCCAUCAUCUAUAUCACCUCCGUGGUUCUGUUUGGCGCCUGUAUUGAAGGAGUUUUGCUUCGAGAUAAAUUUGGCGAUUCUGUAAAGGGGAACCUUGUUAUCGGCACCCUGUCAUGGCCCUCUCCCUGGGUUAUUGUGAUUGGCUCGUUCUUCUCCUGCUGUGGGGCUGGUUUGCAGAGUUUGACCGGUGCCCCUCGCCUGCUGCAGGCUAUUGCACGAGAUGGCAUUGUACCCUUUCUACAGGUGUUUGGUCACGGGAAAGCCAAUGGGGAACCAACCUGGGCUCUCCUGCUGACUGCUGGGAUCUGUGAGAUCGGCAUCCUCAUCGCUUCCCUGGACGCUGUGGCGCCCAUCCUGUCAAUGUUUUUCCUCAUGUGCUACCUUUUUGUGAAUCUUGCCUGUGCUGUUCAGACCCUGCUGCGAACGCCUAACUGGAGACCACGCUUUAAGUACUACCACUGGGCUUUGUCCUUCCUUGGAAUGAGCUUAUGUCUUGCUAUUAUGUUCAUCUCCUCCUGGUAUUACGCUAUUGUUGCUAUGGUCAUCGCUGGCUGCAUCUACAAAUACAUUGAAUACCGAGGAGCAGAGAAGGAAUGGGGUGACGGUAUCAGAGGCCUCUCUCUUAAUGCUGCCCGCUAUGCCCUCAAUCGACUUGAGGAUGCUCCACCUCACACCAAGAACUGGAGGCCUCAGCUUUUGGUGCUUCUGAACGUGGACUCAGAUCAAGCAGUCAAACACCCUCGCCUGGUCUCCUUCACCACCCAGCUGAAGGCAGGGAAAGGCCUGACAAUAGUGGGGAAUGUUUUGCAGGGAACCUACCUCACUAAGGAGUCGGAGUCUAAGAAGGCUGAGCAGAACAUUAAGGCUGCAAUGUCUGCAGAGCGUACCAAAGGAUUCUGUCAUGUUGUAGUGUCUUCCAACCUUAGAGAUGGUGUCUCACACCUCAUCCAGUCUGCAGGCUUGGGAGGCAUGAAGCACAACACAGUCCUGAUGGCCUGGCCUGGAGCCUGGAAACAGUCCAAUGACCCACAGUCAUGGAGGAAUUUCAUAGAGACAAUCCGGGAAACCACAGCAGCCCAUCAGGCCUUACUUGUGGCUAAGAAUGUGGACAGUUUCCCCACCAACCAGGACCGCCUAGGAGAGGGCACUAUUGAUGUGUGGUGGGUGGUUCACGAUGGGGGCUUGCUGAUGCUGCUGCCCUUCCUGCUUCGACAGCACAAGGUGUGGAGGAAGUGUAAGAUGCGCAUCUUUACUGUAGCUCAGAUGGACGACAACAGCAUCCAAAUGAAGAAAGAUCUCCAGAUGUUCCUUUAUCACCUGCGACUGGAUGCAGAGGUGGAAGUUGUAGAGAUGCAUGACAAUGACAUCUCAGCCUUCACCUAUGAAAAGACUCUUGUGAUGGAGCAGAGGUCGCAGAUGCUGAAACAGAUGCACCUUUCCAGGACUGAGAGGGAGAGAGAGAUUCAGAGUAUCACUGACGAAUCGCGUAGCUCAAUCCGGAGGAAGAACCAGGGCCCUGCCGAGAACGCGAGCCUCAGCCGGCAGUCCUCAACGACGGAGGAUGCUCAGGAGGAUGAGGCCCAGCUCAUCCACGACAGAAACACGGCAUCUCACGCCACAAUAAACGAUAAGGUUGAUGCUGAACCCGAGCAGGUUCACAUGACCUGGACCAAGGACAAGCUCCUCACAGAGCGUAACCGUAACCGCGAGUGCAAUGCCAACGUUGCUGUACGUGACCUGUUUAACAUGAAGCCAGAGUGGGAGAGUCUGAACCAGACGAAUGUCCGUCGCAUGCACACUGCUGUCAAGCUGAAUGAGGUGGUGGUCAACAAGUCACAGGGAGCUCAUCUGGUUCUGCUUAACAUGCCUGGACCACCGAGAAACAGAGGCGGAGAUGAAAACUACAUGGAGUUCCUGGAGGUUCUCCUCGAGGGUCUGAAUCGGGUCCUCCUGGUUCGAGGUGGUGGCCGUGAAGUCAUCACCAUCUACUCCUAAAAAUCCCCCCAAAACUUUCAUGGCCUACCCUGCACCCAACACUGGCACAUCGCCAUGGAAACCGCGCAGUGAGGAAGAAGCCUAAUUUUGGUUUUUAAUGAAGGGCAGGGGUUGUUGGCAGGCGGGACCACCUUAUGACUGACAGUUGACCUAAAAUACGUCAGGAUGAAGGAAAUCGUUGGCGCCGAAUAAGCCGAGCACAGCGUGCGUCCAGCUGGACCAGAGAACCCUUGCGCACAGAAGAUAGAGCAUAGAGACACUUUAUAUCUUUCAUUUACAUCUGACAACCUUGUUGUGUUCUGUUACAUUUUCACACUCUGUCCUCUUUGUGUCGAUGUUGGUAAAUGGUAAAUGGCCUGUAUUUAUAUAGCGCUUUACUAGUCCCUAAGGACCCCAAAGCGCUUUACAUAUCCAGUCAUCCACCCAUUCAAGCACACAUUCACACACUGUGACAAGUUUAUGGCACUCACUGUGUAAAGACGAGCGGAGAAGAAGUGAAUGUGUUGAUAUGAGCUUUAUAGUCUUUGUUUUGUUUUGCUGGACCUGAGAAAAACAUGCACUUAAUGGAUUUAAGUUAAGAUGCACAAAGUGCAAAAAUGACCCUUUUGCUGUUUUCAAAGCUCCAUGUGGGGUGAUGUUUUCAUUGAAAUGUUGUCAGUCUGUUGAGAAGCUGCUGAAAUGUUCUGUUUUAGACUGGAGAGCUUUGAUGUUGUUGAAGGGUGGAGUCAUGUCUGCAGCUGAAUGAGUUGAUGGAAGGACCAGUUGGGAGGAUGCUGAACAAGCAUCUUAUCCCAGUUUAGUGAGUGGAAGCCUUUCAGAUCUCGGGUUCUGCAUUUUUGAUUUCCCACCCUCAAACUGUAGCUUUUAUCUUAAUAGGGAAAAAGCCAUAGCUAGAAGCAUGAAUGGUGUCUAGAGAAACAACUGGUUGGGAACAAGAAAUAUAUUCUUUUUUUAAGAGCUGUAUGACGAUAGCUUAGUAAAUAAUUCGAUUGGUUUGUAGGUUUUUGCACAGUUAAUCUAUAUUUUAGCCUCUCAAUUGUUUGAUUUUAGCAAUGUAUACAUUUAAGAUGUAAAAGCACAAAUUGACACAUUUAAAUUAGUGUAAUUGUACCCCCGUACUGACAGUUCCAGCACUGCUGACUUUGCACUACCAGUUUUCAGUCUUCAUUCAUUGUGUACUUUCCAUUUGGUAGCUCUAAUAUGUUCCUAACAGGAGAUACAAGGAUGCAGACUGCUUCAUACUGUUUAAUACCCAUGUUUCAAUGUUGGUCGUAGAACAUUUUACCGAUUUAAAAUUUUAACGGCUUUGAGUUUCAGAUUGAGUAGAUUUGGGGGGGGGGGCCUGUAAAAAGUGCCAAAAUGACUUUAAAAGAAACUGUGGAAGUAUUUUGACUGCAGCUGACACAUGGCCUACUGUAGCUGAUGUUUCUGGCCAUCUUUAAUCUUUAGAAACAAGCAUGAAGGUUUGUUUUUUUUAUAAUGCAGGUCCCUCAUUUCUGCCAGGAAUAAAGAAAUUAAUAUGAUGAAACUAAUGGUGCGCUAUCAAGGGCAUUUCAAGAGGAAGAAGGAAAAAAGGAUCCCGCUCCUUCCUCAUGUGUACCUCCACAGUUUCUUUUCAAAAUUAGCCGCCGCAGUAUUCUGUAAAGCAGAAAGUUCCCUUUUCCUCACACUGCCCUGCAGAGAAAAACUGGAACUUUUGAUUGUUGCUUAUGCUACCUGUGUGUUUUUGUUGUGUUCUGUUCAGUUGUUAAUGCCUGUGUUACUCUAUAAAUACAGUCAAAUAUGGUCUUUGUGGUUUUUGUUACAUUAUCGCUGAUCUUCUGUUGCUUUUAACUGUUAAUUCGAGACGAGUUUUAUGACACGAGGCAGAGGGGAGGAAGUUAUUUGUUUUAGUUUUUUUUUUCUUAUUGUUUGCAUUUUGUUUUAACCCACCAGAAACACUUUAUGCUCAUCACACAGGGCAGUGUGUGUGGUGGCACCCUGGACGGAAAGCGUUAAGAAGAAGGGGUGAAGCCACGGGGGUGACAGGAGCAAAUGACUUCUGCUGCAUGCUACAUGAAGUAAUGUCACUGUUUCACUUUAGUUUUCAGUUUUAGGAACCAAGGAUGAAUGACAAGACGAGUGAGCGCCAACUGUAAAGUUUUAGGAAGUCUGACUGGCUGAAAAUUGUAAAAAUAAAUUAUUGAAGACA